AUUUUAAUUUGGAAUCGCCCAAACAAUGACGACCAGCAUUUAAAAAAAAACAGUUUUCUUCGUUAGCAUUUUUACCCGAAGUGUAAUAUGCGAUUUAUUAUAAAACAUAGCGACGUAUCCUAGCAACGAAACUAAAAUACAAACAAGGGGGUAAUGCAGACAAAAUGGCAUAAAAAUACUGUUUAUUAUUUGUCAAUUUUACUCGAGUGAAAUAUGGGAGAUGCAACAGAAAAUGAUUUAUUAGAUGCUAUUAAAGAAUCGUUAGAAAAAGAUGGUACCCUUGGAAGGCUGAAUGGUGAAAUAAGAGCUAGUGUUAUGGCAAUUAUAAAUAGAGAUUUUGAAAGUCCCGAUCCUCCUAAAGUACCAGAUGAAACUAAGUUGAUCAAUGAAUUAAUCAGAGAAUAUUUAGCAUGGAAUGGAUACCUUUAUACGGAAAAAAUUUUAUCUGCAGAAUCUGGUCAAAAAAACGAAAGAUUGGGAAGAGAUGUUCUAACAACUAAGUUUGGUGUCAUGGAUGAUUCUAAGACUGCGAAAAUACCGUUAUUGUACUACAUAGUCUCAGCAUUCCAGAAUUUUUACUAAUAUUCAAUAUUUAUACACUCAUAAAUAAAAAACUCCGUAUUUA